AGUGCACGUUUGGCUAGCGCCACCUGUGGACGUCGCUGCCACCACUCACCAGUGUAUUGUUAUUGUUUCGCAGUUUCACUGAUAAAGAACAAACUAGAAACUACAUUAUUAUUAUUCACAGCAGGUUAUAACGGCAGACGACACGGAACGGACUUCCCCGACUGGCGACUGUGAUAACGUAUUGAUCUAUAGUCCGUAGUGUAUUAUAGUGUAUGGCGUAUGCCUUCGUAAAAACAAUAAUUGUAUGCACGUCGUCCUAUACUGGAAUAUGAUACUUUGGUGGUGGCGAAUGUCGGACGGGCUUUUGCAAGGAGUCUCGUGCGAUCUGAUCUGAUCGUGCUUAAAGAAUUCGCGUUCCGCUGAAUAGCUGGGGACAACAACAUAAUUAUUAUUUUUUUUUCACACCGUGGGACGACCGAUAGUGCGAUAGUAGGUCCUUAUGUAUCACAUACCUAUAUAUAAUAUUAUGGUGUGGAGGUGGCACAAAUAAUAAUAAUAAUAAUAAUAAUAAUAUAAUUUAUUCUGGUGCGCCUUUCAAAUUCAAAAUUCAAAUCGCGUUUCCGAUUGUAUCGUUUGGCAUAUAUCGUACAUCUAUUAAAAGAAACAAAAUAAUAAUAAGCAAAUAAAAUAUGUGAACUUUGCUGUUAUGUUGUCUAUAGUCGUGUGCACAUUUCACCGGAAAUUUUUAGCUCCCAGAUAUCCGUCAAUGUAUUGUUUAAUGAUGACUGAUGGAUAUUGAUCAAUCAGUGAAUGGGUGGUUUGAAAGGAUAAGCUUGAUACAGAAGAAAGCUGAUCACUACAAGCUUCAUCAAGAUAUUCUUUCAUCAUUAUCGGAUAAGGACGGCUUUGAUUUUUACAUUAAAUCAAAGGGAAUUAUUAUUAGUGCACAUACUUGCAUAUUACGCUGCCGCUGUCCACGAUUUUACUAUGAAGUUAUUAAAAAAGUUGAUGUUGCUAAUUUGCCAAUACAUUUAUUAGAGCGCAUUUCAGAUUUUAUCAAGUGUGUUUAUUCUGAGAACGAUGUUAGUGCACUAGAAAAAAAAUUGAUUAAAUCAAUUAAUACUGAUCAUCCAAAAAUAAAGAAACGUCCAUCCAUUGAUUUAUAUGAACCUAAACGAAUCUCGUGUGAUAUAAAUCCAUUAUAUUAUUCACUAGCACAGUAUGAUGAUCUUUCUUCAAGUGAGUUCAGCGAUUUUGAACAGUGUGCAUAUGAUGACAUAGAAUCAGUCAUUUUAAACCAGGCGAAUAUUAAUAAUUCAUCAUUUGGCAGCAUGGACAUUAAAUCAAAUAAUUCAGUUGGAUCUUGCCAAAUUAAAUCUCAAUUAAGUAGCUCUUGUCAAGAGUCAACUGUGUUAACUAAUAAAGAGAGUUUUAUAGAUGAAAAAUCUUCACUAAGUUUUAAAAUUGAUGGAUCAGAUAUUGGCAACGAAGUUAGAAUAGUAAAUAAUCUUAGCUGUGAGUUUCAACAUGAUUUUAUAAAAAAACCAAAUGCUGACAUAAAUAGUUUUUCAAAUCUAGAACUUGCGAUUGGAUGUAACAAUAUAUUAGAUUCAUCGAUUCAUGGUCCUAAAAAUAAAACAAACCCAACACCUAUUGAAAUUGAAAUGAGCAAUACCAAAGGCUGUAAACCUGAUUUAUCAAGGGUUGAUAGUUUGAUAAACAAGAGUUUAAAUGAGGAAAAUAUUUUACUCAAUGAUAACACUAAUAGAAUGAUUCAAGAAAUUGAUGAUGAUUUAGAUGUCUUAUCGCCACACAGUUUUGAAACUUUUACUGUGAUUAAAAAAAAGAAUGAAACUGGCGAUAUCUUUUGUAAAUUUAAUCAUUUCGAGAACAGUAUUAAUACUAGUGACCAAGAUCCAUUAAAAAGUGAAUCAAAUAAUUUUCAGACAUUUACUGUAAUAAAUGAAAAUAUAAUAAUUAAUGAUGGCAGUGAAUCUCAAACAGAUAUAGUUGUAAAUAGUGUAUCUUUUGAACCUGAAACUUCAAAUGAUUAUGAAACAUUCACUGUUGUCAACGGAAUUAGUAGAUCUCCUUUUCAUUCAGAACAACUAAGUAGUUCAUCUAAUUCAACUCUAUCAAAUAGCAAAAUAUAUAUAAAUAAUAAUGACAUUGAUUUAGAUUUAUUACCAUCAACACAUACAAUAUCUCAAUUUGAUACAAUCACAUUAUUACCACAGUCAAAUAAUUACAGUGAUUGUGGCAAGGAAGAAGACAAUGUAUCAACAAAUUUAAAUAAUGAUGAAAAAGAGAAUAAUAUAUCUAAAUUUGAUAUUGAUACUACUAAAGAAGAAAACUCUGGACAUAACAAGUCCUAUAAUCAAAUUGAUUUCAAACCCGAAGAAAAUAUUAGAAAGGAAGUAUUUAGUUAUUCAAAUAAUAUUGAUAGUAUUGUAACUUCAUCUGAAAGUACUAUAUCUACUAAUAUGAAACAAUGUAGUGAUGUUAUACCUAGUAUAUUAAGUACAGUUAAUGACAAUUCUACAUUACAUUUUAUUUGUGAAGAUAACAAUAGUCAAAGCAAUUCAACUAACCAACAUUUAGAAAAGCUGAAAAGUUCUGGUGAAUCUGAUAGUACUCUUAGUUUACAUCUUGAAAUUUUAGAGAAUACCAAAGGAAUGAAUUCUCCCGAUUCUUUAAAUGAAGAUGAUGUAUUUGGUCUGGAAGAAAAGCCUAUUGUUUCUAAUAAGCUAGAAUUUGUACCUUUAGAAGCAACACCAAUAAAAGAUAAUAGAAGUCCACGUUUAUCUAGAAAAUACAUGGAAUGUUCACCUGUUAUAUCAGCUAACGCUUAUAUUCCUGACAUUGAUGUGGAAAAAUCAUCUAUCACUGAAGAUAAUAGUGAACGUAAGAAUUCAAGCUCAUUUUUUAUUGAUUUUAAUCAAGGUAAACCAAAAAAUAAACCUAAACGUUUUGAAAAUCUCACAAAGUCUUUAGAUUCUAGUACGAUUGCUAAUAGUAAAGAAAAAAUAUUCUCUAUGUUUAUUGAUUUUAACGAAGAUUCUGAAUCUAGUGAAUCGUCAUCUAAAGGUAUUAAACAUCGUAAACCUCAAACACUUGCAGAUCGGUUUGUUAGAAUGCAUAGCGAAGAGGCUUGUGUCAAAAUUAAAGAUUGUGAAAACACAGUAACUCCUCCUCCAAGUCGAAUGACAUCAACUGUAGAAAACUCUUCUGCUGACAUUUCUGAUUCGUGUAAGAAACAAAGUGUAUUUAUGUUUAUUGAAAAUGAUACACCUACCCCAGUCAAACGAAGAUCAUUACCUCAGAGCUCUAGACUUAAAUCUCAAAGAAAUUCUUGGAAUGUUGACAGUACAGUUGUUCAUAAAACUCAUCAUAGAACUCAUAGUGUAAAUUUAUCUGAAGAAAAUCACUUUGAUGCCAGGAUGACUCAGAGUCAUAUAGAAACAGGAUCAAAUGACUUCAAUAAACCUUCAGAUUCAUUUGAUACUUUAGAAUGUAAUGUAACAAUUACUGUAAAUGGUGCAAAAGACAGUGGAAUUGGUUUAGUUGAUUCUUUUGUCCGUCUAUCUGACAUGGAUAAAGCGCCUUCUCAAGAAAUUAUCAGUAGUUUAAAUAAGAGUGAGUCAAAAUCCGAAUCUUUGAGACGAGAUUUAAAAAACACAGAGUUAGGUAGAUGUUUAAAACGAAUGUUUCCAUAUUUAAAAAGUAUUGAAGUGGAACGUAUAUUACUCUCUAAACCACCUCAUGCUCUUGACAGUAGAGAAGAAAUUAAAACUGGUCUUGGGCAAGAUUUACUUCGUAUGUUUUUAGAAGAAAUUGGUGCAGAUACAACUAUUGAUGUUAAUGGAAGACGAAUUAAAUCCCAUAAAUGUGUGUUAACUUCAAGAUGCCAAUAUUUUGCUGCCAUGUUCAGUGGUGGAUGGGUACAAAGUGCUGGGAAUGUUUUAUAUUUGAAAGGAUUUUCUUACAAUACCGUUCAUUUAACAUUACGAUACAUCUAUAGUGGUGAAUGCGAUUUCUCUGAGAUUAAAAAUGUGGCUGAACUAUCCAAAUUGGCUGAUAUGUUAUGUCUUGAAGGAUUAAAAGAUAACAUAAUGUUAUACUUAGCAGCAGAAUAUUGUCAUUUUUUUAAAGAGGUUUGUGACCGUUGUACUAUUGGCAUUCUUGAGUGCUUGACAUUAAGUGUUGCUUAUGGACUCGAUGAUCUUUAUUUGUCUUGUAUAGUAUGGAUAAAUGACAAUUUUUCAGUAGUCUGGCCAACACACCACUUUGUGUCACUGCCACAGGACUUAAAAGUCAAAUGUUUCAGACAUAAAGUUGCCCACAUUGAUGAUCUAAAUGAUGUAUUGAGUGUAACAGAAGGCUGUGAAAAGAUAAAAAAAUCUUUACCAAAUGAUGAAUGGACUAAAGAAGUAACAGACUUCACUACAGACCUUUCAAAUAGUGUAAUAAAAUAUUUGGCAAAACAUUUUUAUCCUACCAUAACAUCAAAAUAUUUUAAACAAAUGCUCGAAAGUGAAAACUUAUUUGCUGAUAGUUUUGCUACACAUUUGUUGGCGUCUUGUAAUUGUGCAAAUAGAAAUCAAAUAAGACAAGCUUAUGAUCACUUGAACAAAUCAUCAUCAAAUAAUUUUUGGCAUACACAAGGAGACAUUUUAGUGAAUGCUAUUAUGGAGUUGAUAGUUAAAGGUUUAGCUUCUGACUUCAGGAAUGGUAGAGAAAGACAAGCAAUGGGUAGUCUUCCAAAUGAUUAUCGAAUGUCCGAAGCCCUUGCUAAAAGAAUUGCAUUUGAGUUGGGCUUACCUGGAAUAGAGUUAACAGCAAAUGGAACUUUAAUAACAUCAAGCCCUGUUAAAAAAAUGACAACUAGUACCAGAAUGUUAAAUAAAACACCAGAAAAUAAAGUUAAACUAAAAACUGCAGUUGAAAACACUCCAUUAACUAAAAGUAAAACUCCAGGAAAAUUUUCUGAGGUAAAAUCACGUUAUAUGGAACCAAAACCACAACUGACUACAUCUACACCUCCAAAGGUGUUGUCUGUUCAUAAAGAUUUACCUCGUGGUCGUCGCAUUAUGUCAUCAUCAACAUCUCUGAUUUCAUCACCUAAUGUUAGGAGCACUAUGGCAAGUUCCAGGUUGUCUACUAAUCGAAUAGACAGUGGCUUGAAAACUAAAACAUCAUCUGAAUUAUCUCUGUCUACUCCUAAACCAAAACCUAGAACUAUGUUACCUAAAACUGAUCCUCUACCAUCUAACAAUCGUACAUCGUCCAUUGCAAUAAAACAAACACCCAAAACAACUAGAAAACCUAUACAAAAUAAUGCAAGCAUUAAGAAAACCUCAAACGAGAAAAUUAUGAAUGGGGUUAAAAGACAAACUAUUAUUCCUAAAACAAAAUUGUUGCCAAAUGGACAUCCCACUAUAGGUUCUAGAUCAGGCACAUUUUGUAAAGAUGAACCUACUGUUAUACAUAGUAAAGAUAUUACUAGUUGAUUCUGUGUUUAAUUAAUCACGCACUAAAAAAAAAAUUAUAAAAUGACGGUUCAUAUUGCGUAUUUAAUAUUAGGUAUUAGGUCACUAAAGGUGUAAUUUUUUUCCAUUUCAAAUCUGAUUGAGAUACUUGCCCUUUAUUAGUUUUACUAGAAAUGGAAAUUUUUAAUACUAAUAUUAAGUUGCAGUAUUUGUAGUAUUCUAUCACUACCAAAAUAAAUGCCCAAUUAUUUAUAAAUUGUACUAACAUACAUUAAUGAGUAAUAUUAUUUUUAAUCAUUAAAAUUUAAACUACAAAUCUAUAUGUUUAUGUUUACUUGUUUUCAUUUUUUUUCACAUAAUAAUAUUUUCGCUCAUAAUAAUUAUUAUUGUUUAGAUAUGUUUAAUAUUGUAUAUAAUAUGUAAUUUUUCAUCUGUCUGAAGUAAACAGUGUUAACUGUGCAAUAUAUAAAUACAUACAUUAUAAUAGUUAUAAUACCAUCUAACUAUUUUUUUUGAUGUUUCAAUAAACUUUCAUAAAUAAUUAUAACAAUUUAUUAAUUGUAAGCUUAUAUUAACCUCGUUUGGACAUAAAAAAUUAUAUACAUUUUAAAUAUAAAUUAUUUGAUAUAAUUAAUUGUAUAAAAAUUGUAUUUUAAACAUAUAUAGAUAUAUUAUUUUUUCUUGCUAAAUAAUUGUUUUUUGUUAUGCAAUAUUUUAAACAAUUUUAUAUUAAAAUAAUAAAGUCCUAAUGCUGCAAUUCUGUGUUUUUAACUGUAAAAAUUGCAAUAUAUUAAUACAGUACUUUUAUUUUAUAAUGUGAACUAGUCAUUGUGCCAUUUAAGAUUUAAAUUCUAAAAUUUUUCAUUUAAUGUUAACUAUAUUUAUUAUUGUUUAUUAUUUAUUUUUAUAUUUAAUAGUUAUUUAAGCACAGAGUCCCGUAUUUAUUAGUACACUUAUUUAUGUUUGUAUUUUAAUAAUAAUUCUUUUGUAAAUAUUUUAAUUUUAAGUUAUCCUGCGCUUUGUCCGUCCAAAUUCCAAAGAUAGUAUAAAUAAUUGUUAUUUUAUAUGAACUAGUAGCUGUUUUGAGGAUAAUUUAAAAUAUUAUUCAACAAUUGUGCAAUUAAGAAAAAAUGUGCAAUCUCAUCAUUGAAAGUGUUAAAUUUAUUGAUUUUAUUUUUGUAAAUUAUUUUGUUUUUAAUCUCAAUAUCCUAAACACCGGAAUAUUAUCAUAUUAUGUUUAAAUUAAAUAUUUAAAAAAAAAAUAUUAAUUUUAUGUAUGAUAUAUCUUUAUAUUUUGUUUUGAUUAUGCUUGAAUUCAAAACAAAUAUGCACCUAUAUAUAUUUUUUUAAUUCAGCUUUAGUUUAUACAUAAUAUAUAGUAUAAUAAGAUUUAAGUUACUAUAAAAACUAUUAUUAAUAAUUUAUUUUUAUUUUUAAUAAUAUUAUGAUAUCAUCCUAUUUUUUAGUUGAUCAAAUCAUAGAUUAUGUGAUAACAAUAGAAUCAACCAUUUAUACUUUAGCUCUCUAUUUUGUUCAAAUAUAGGUAUUUAUUUAAGCUAUGUAUUUAAGCAUUUUUGUAAUAUUAAAAUUUUUUGUAAUGUUACUGCAAGCAUUUACAACUAUCCCUAUUAUUGUUACCUAUUAUCCAGGUGAAGAUGUGUAUUAAAGUCCAAUAUUUGCUUUUGAUAAUGUGUUAAGCUCAAAACAUAAUUAUAAAUAUUAAGAAAAUAAAUUAAUUCAUAUGUAUGUUU